GAUUUUUCUCAGAGUUUAACUGUAAGAAAUGUUCGACAUUCAACAAAAGCGGCUUUAUCCAUCUGAGCACAAUGCAGAAGAUAUCAGGCGUCUUCAAACACAAGUUAGAGUAUUCAAACGUUGGGUGAAUGUAUUAUUAAAACAGGCGAAUGCCAAACAAAUCAACGAUGUACUAGAGAUAUUUACUGAUCAUGAGAAUUUAUAUAACUUAUGCAAGUAUUUGGCAAGUCAAAAAGUAACAUGCAGCAAACAAACUUUUCCCGAUCAUAUCCCUCAUUUGGAGCGUGCAAUUACAAUUCUUGAAAAAUUAUACGGAAGUGAAAUAGCAUCUGCAGUUCAAUCUGCACUUUCUGAAUUUACUAACAGUCCUGCAUUCGAUUCAGAUAAGCUACUUUCAGAACACUCUCCAGAGUCGAAAACAACUGCCUUUAAUUUGCUUGUUCUCGGUCUGGAUACGCUAUGGAUCCUAAUUGUUGCUAUUCGAGCUGGGACAGGUCCAUCAACAAACCUAGUGGGAUCAAUCAGUUCAUCAGGGUCAACGAUAACUAGACGAAGUCAAAGUAUUGCUUCAACUGGUCAUUCAGCGCCAGCUACACUUGUUUCAACAAGAACACCAUGCAUGGAUAGAUGGUUAAUAAGUCAAGAUAAAAGAUUACUCGCUUGGUGUGUUGCAGUGACAGAAGGCUAUCCCGGUAUCAGUAUUACCAAUUUUACACAUUCUUGGAGGGACGGUUUGGCAUUUCUAGCCAUAGCGCAUCAAAUCAGAGGGGAAUUGUUUGCAUUUGAAUCCCGGUUAGAGAAAACAGCCAAUCAAAAUUUAUCACUCGCUUUUCACUUAGCAACAGCAGAAUUCGCUGCUCCUAGACUUCUAGAACCAAUUGAUAUGCGUCCAGAGAAUGUAGAUGCACGAUCGACUGCUGUGUAUCUUUUGGAAUUGCGUAAGGCAGUUGAAAGGGAUCGGAAACGUCGCUCUAGAGGUAUUUUAGAAAUACAAACGUCUGCUAUGAUUCAUGGACAGUCAGGUGAAGAGCCGAAUGUAAUAGUCGAAAGUAGAUCUUCACCAACAUCAACAAGUAGUACUUCAGAGCUUACCUGGCUUGAUGAUGAAAUUGAAGGUGAUUCUGAUGAUGAUGUUGAUACGGAGGGUAAUCCAAAUCGUUUACCCGAUCCAGAUAAUUUUGCAACAAUAAUUGAAAGUACACUUGCUUGGUUAUUAGCCAUGGAAGAACAAUUUGGACAAAAUGAUCUACAAGAUGAUACACGUAAUUUCACUAAUUAUUCAUUGAAUAAAUCUGAACAUCUACAGUCAUUGCACAAUGAAGAGGAUAAGAAUUUCAUUGCACGUCUUCAGAAAGCCAGUUCAACUGAGACUAAACUAAUGCAUGCUGGUAUCCUGAAAAAUAUUGAUGAAGCCAGAGAUCGAUUCGAAACACACGAGGAUUUGACAGCGCAUUUAUCACGUCGCCAAAUGGCUGUUGGUCGUUGUCUGCGUCUUGGGAAUCGUUUAAUAAAAACACAUGAAAAUUUGGGCAGUAUUUUAAAAGCUAAUGGAAGUGAAGCAGAUAUUAAAUGUACUCACAAUGGUGGUGAUAGUGAAGGAAAUGAUCCUGAUAGUGAUGAAGAGAAGCAAAGACAACUACAGCUACAACAAAAACUACGUGAAUUAGACCCUCUUGUAAUUCAAAGGCAAACUGUUCUUCUGGCGACAAGGUGGAAUAAUUUGUGUCGUUUAAACUCUGCAAUAGGUAAACGUAUCACUGCCAAUCUGCUAAGACGACAAACUAUGCUUUUGAGUGCCAUACGCAUCCAACUUGAUAAGCUGGAAAGCGAACAGAAUACCCAAGCAAGUCAAUCGAUUGGUCCAUCGAUUACUGAUGUAAAAAGACAACUUGAAGCUAAUAGACAUUUGGAACAAUUAAUUGAAUCCGGUGAAGCUUUAGCUGAACGCUUAGACAACUUCAUAACUAUAGUUCCACAAAAAACAACUGAUAAUGAUGAAAAUUAUGUCAAUGAACGUGGAUUAGAAAAUGUGAUAGCUGAGUUGGCUACACGAUGGAGUCGUUUAGUUGGUUGGGUGAAUACACGUUAUGCUUCCUUACAGAAUGUUUUAUUACACUGGAGACAUUUUGAAGAAGAAGCAAGUGUUCUAUCAGAUUGGUUAGAUGAACGUACAGAAGAAGUGAACAAAGUGUUAGUCAAUAUUCUUCCAUCAGUUGCAACUAAUUCAAAGGAAUUUAUUGCCACGUCACAUUCACGUCACAGUUCACUUGGCAAUGACGUUGAGAUGAUGCAUGAACAAAAAUUGUCGAAUUAUAAAUUUCUCGAAAGAGCUGGAUCAAGUGGCAGUUCAGUGAUGCAAACACAAGACAGCAUGGAAAGAAUUACCGUAUCUAAGGAUAAUUUAAAUCGUGACAGUUUACAGAUGAUUUUAACUCAAAAUGAUGCUGAAAUGGAAGCAAUUGAUGCCUGCUUAUCACCACACGAAUCUCGUUGGGCACAAUUAUUGGCUAGCUUGGAUCGUCGAGCACAGGCAAUACGUGAAGCUUGUGGUGACACAGACAGUGUUAGCCGUUUAGUUGAAAAAAUAGUUGACCAGUUAGUAUCACGUUGGAGCCAACUGCGUGAUCCUCAAAUCAACUGUGAAGAUUGGCCUGAGAAAGAUUUAAAAGAUGUUGAAAAAUAUGUUGAGUCUACAACUAGAACAGGCCUAUUGACCAAUAUUCCAAAUCACUCAUUGACAAAAUCUGAACAGAACUCACAGUCAGAAACUAAACGAACCUCUGAAGGUCACCUUGUACUUCCCAAAGCCACAAAAAUGUCACGUUUCGAUAUGCAACCGCCACCAUCGCCAACUGGUUAUCGGGCAGAAUUUGAAGCUAAAGCUGAAGAACUGUUAAAUUGGUUGGAUAACAGCGCAGAAAUACUAGAGUUAAUUACAAUGGAUAAACGUCGUGCCCUUGAAGCAAGUGGACAAGCUCAGGCUUUAGGUCGGCAUGUUAUAUCUACCCGUACUGGUAAAGAUAAUAAUGAGGAUGAGGAUGAUGAUGAUGACGCCAUCCACGUGAUCAAUCGUGUAACCAAUGAACUUGACGACUGGCGAAACAUAAAACAACGUGUUCUACUCUUAGGAGAACAAUAUCGAGAGGAAUUAUCUCAAGCCGGUGAAAAUAUUGAAGAACUGGACCAAUUAUUCGAUGAGGUUGAAGAAAGAUGGAGUUACCUUGACAAAUUGCUUGUGGAAGCCAAUCGCCAGGUCAGAAUUACAAACCAGAGUGCUGAAUUUCAGCAAGAGGCAGCCAAAAUACAUGCGUUAUUAUCUCAAUCACAAGAAGAUUCAGUAGAAAGGAAUUUCAAUGAUAUGCAAGAAAACGAAGAGAAACCAACAAACACCACAGAUUCUAAGUCAUUAUCCAGCGAACUUAAGUUCCAUUCCAACAGUGAUUUAGACUUCAGUAGUACAGACAUCGAUCAGAGAUUGGAGGAAAUCACAGUAUUACUAAGUCAGGCAAAGGAAGUUAUUUCACAGCCUAUAAGUAUUCGCCACCCUGAAGAUGCAGAUGAACAAUUGGGAAAUUUAAAUAAAAUGCUGAAAGAUUUUGAAGCAACAGCACAAUUUCUAGUCAGCUUAGAAGUCAAUGCAUCAAGUCAGUUGGAUUGUAUCAGUUGGAGUGGAAAAGUUAAAGAUUUACGAGAACAAUACGAGACUGUCUGCACAGAUUUGACUGAACGUAUUAAUUUUCUACAAGAUUUAUCAGAACAACAUGAAUUAUUUUUGAACCAAUUUGAAGGAAUUGAAAAGUGGCUCGCAGAUAUGACAGAUUACUUGGAUUCAGUAUCACGAGCCCACUUACCGUCAGUUCCAGUUAUUCAGGCACAAUUGCAGGAGAGCUGUGAAGCCUUAAAUGAUAUGAAAACACUGAAACCAACUUUACAAAAAGUCGAUGAAGUGGCGCAAAGACUGUUAGAGUAUUUUAGUCCCACUUAUGCUGAAUUGACGACCAAUCGUCUUCAAUCUCUACACGACGACUGGAAUGAGGUGAAAACUUUGACAAAGUCCAACAGAGAUCAUUUGAGGGCUAAAUUAGCUGAAGCAAACAGCACAGCUUCAGUGAACAGAAAUCAAGAUGUUACCGGAACUGUCCCAUUGUCGACUAACUCAGCUAAUCAACAGACACUGUGUAAAAAUGACUCGGAUGACAAUCACAAUACCGUCCCUACUACUACUACUAAUGCUGAGGAUGAAAACAAUGACAGUAAUGAUCAUAGGCAUAAUGGUAAUACUUCAUCAUCAGUACCUACCGCUGAGGUCACGGAGACCGUCAUUGACCCAAUAGGAUUAUCACCAGUCGUCAAUGCUAUCACUGCACCAAAUAUUGUACAUGUGGAUAUAGAAGCGCUUGAAGACUGGAUGCUUCAAUCCAAAGACCAGUUAUCUCAGUUUGCAGUUAUAAAUGAUCCAGGAGAUUUGAAGAAACUGGAAAAUGUUAUCAAGGUGAUCGGUGAUAAAAUUACGGAGAAUCGACCAAUUUUAGCUGCAAUCGACACAUGCAGUGCAGUCAACUUAAAGGGUCAGUCUAUUCUAGACACUGACGCUUUGUUGACAAAAGCACAUUUUGCUGAUUUGGAGUCCGCUGUCGCAGCUGAAAGAGAACGUUUAAUGGCAGCAGUUUACCAUUUAGAUGACUUUAAAACUGUACUAAAUAGUGAAAAACGAUGGUUUGAAACGGUUCGUACAAUAAAUGAUCGUGUUAAAGGUAGUAAUUAUUCUGACCUUGGUGAGAUUGCUGAUGAUUUAGAAUCAGUUGACAGACUAUCACGAGAGCAUACAAUUGAUGAUGAAGAACGAUUGAAUAAACUGGCCAAUUCAUUAAAUGAAUCCCGUGUUAUGGGGAGUGUAAUACUCAAAGAACUUGAAAAGUAUAAAACAGAAUUAACCUUAAUUAAAGUUGAAAUUAAUUCAACGACAACUUAUCUUAAAGGUCUUCUCAGUCAGCUACGCUCAUUUGAAGACCGUGUUAUAGAAAAUGAAAGUAAUCUAUUGAACAUUGAAAAUGAUAUUGAAAAUUGCUUGAACAAUGGACAUUUCGACAGUGAUAUUGUUGUAUUAUCGGAUAAAUGGCAAAUGCAUAUAAAGAAUACAAAUAAUUUAAUUAAAGAAUUGGAUGAAAACAUUAAGUUUAAAUCAUUAGAACCAGAAAAUGAAUGCCUGAUUCGUCGUUUAAAGGCCUAUAAAGCUCAACUUCAGGAACGUGUUGCACCUUUAAGUAGGCUAAUGUCCCAGUUAUCCAGUUCAUCUGACCAUCAAGCACGUCUAAAUAAGCUGUGCAUGGAAAUAAAGCAAAUAGAAAGUAAAAUUUGUACACUGGAUGUUAUCUCUGUAGACCCAGAAGAUAUUAAAGCAGCAGUCAAUAGUGGAAGAACAAUGCUUGCAGCACUGAAUGAACUGAAAACUGAUUUGCUGAACAUAAUGGAUAAUGGGGAUUCUAUAUACGACGAUGAGACAGGUGUGCUAACAGCAAAGGCAAACAACGAAUUAAGUAUGCUGUCUGAUAAACACAAUCAAUUGGUUAUGCGAAUCCUAUCAGCUCUGGAACGUUUAGAUAAAGCUUUACCACUGAUCGAAGAAUUGGAAAGUUUAAUGUCACAAAUAAACGACAAUUUACUGAGUGUUGAGGAGGUAACUGACUACCUAGAAACAGCAGACUGUCCAAUUUCAAGAAAAGAUUUAUUACAGAAAAUUUAUAUGAAAUUAACACGAUUGUGCCAAGAGAAUGGUACAGUCUGGCAAAUUAGACAAGUAGCAAGUAAACUACGAUCAUUGACGCCAGCAGAUAAACCAGAAUUAACUGUUGAUUUGUUCAAUGAAAUUGAAGAUCAUUUGCAUAAAGUUAUUAUGGCUAAAGAAAUCUUUCAAUCACAAAUAGAAGAAGCAGAAAAAGACACAAAACAAGAUGAACUAUUUGACACUAGUACAACAAAUCAGCUGAAAUUGAGAGAUAUGUCUACACCGGAAUUUAUUGAUAAACUCUCGAUUGAAGUCUACUCAGACGCUAUGCUGAAGAAAUCUUCACAUGAUAACUUGUUAUCAAUUAAUCGAUUAACUGAUAAUCUUCUGAAAUCUGACAGCCAAAUAUCCUCAACAGUAAGAAAUUUAGCCUGUGAAAUACGCAUACAUUUCAAUGGAAUCUUGAGUUUUAAUCAUUAUUGUUUGGGAUCCAGUAUGCAAUUGCCUUCAGACACAAAUGAUGAGUAUUUUUCAUCACAGAAGGUUAUCUUAGAAACGUCAAUAUCUGAAAGAAAAACCUUGUUACAGACGUAUUUCAAAUUUACACAAUCUUUAUUUGCCCAACAAAGAUUAUACCUAGAAACACGAUUAAGGGAUUUGAUUGUCACAUGUGGUAACAGUGAUUCGUCUGAUCGACUUGAAGAUUUGUUGAAUCUGCAGAGCUUAUGGUAUGAAACAAAUGAAAAAUUCAGUAAAAAAUUUGAGGAAAUGACUUUAUUGGAGAAACAGCUCAGUAUGAUUCAGCAACUAUUUAUUGAUUAUGCGAAAACUCCAACAACUGAUCUGUAUGGUCAGUGCUUAGAAAUUAUUAAUGAACUGGAGAAGAAAUAUGGUUGGCGAUUGACAGCAGAUAGAGAACGAUUAAAACACAACAACAAUAGUGAUGGUGUAGACAUGAGUCUAACUGAUUUAAAAAAUAAAUUCAUCACUGGCGACCAUGUGUUCGAUGAAACCCUAUUAAAUGCCUAUGAAAAACAAUUACAAUGUACCAAUCGGUUAUUGAAUUGUAUACAGAAUGAUUUGGGUCGGUGUCGUGAUGCUUUGACUUCACAGAUUGGUGCAAAUAUGGAUACUUUGGAAGGUGAACUACAUGCUUGUAGUAAAUCGUUGACAGACUCAGCAAGAAUUCUCAAGGAGAUUAAUGACAAUGAGGUACAGUCUGUGAAGGGAAAAAGUCAAGAUGAUCCGCUGUGCCAAGGUGAUGCUAAUGUCAGUGUACAAGAUAAUGAUGAAAUGGUUUGGCUUAAAGUUUUACUGUCAACUCAAAAAAGUAGACUGGAUGGUUAUAUAAAAGAAUACGAAUUAAACAGAAAUGAUUGGUUCAACCGUUACCAAAUGUGGCAGUCGUUCAAUGCACGACUGAUGGAUUUGAAAACAACAACUAACAAUCUGUUGAACUUGCAAAAUGAAGACAAGAAAAUCGAUAUGUCAAGUAUUGAGAAUAAAAUUAAAGACACUUGUCUGGAAUUCUCAUUAUUACGACAACAUAGUUCAAAGUUGAUGGGUAUGAAUUCAUCUCGUGUUAAAGGCCCAGUUAAACAACAUUCUCUACCAUCUAGCAAUAAUACAUCUUCAACAGCAACAAUAACUUCAACAACAACAACAAAAGGCGAUAUUCCUGUUAGUAAUUUAGAGAAUGAAACAGUCGACUUUACACCAAUAGAUAGACAUUAUAAAGAUAAACCGCCAUCAGUUCCACCACGUCGACACAGUCUUUACCGAGGAAACAAUAUCCAAUCGAUAGAACAUGAUCAUGAAUUUGUGAGGUAUGAAAUGAACAGGCUGGAAAACGAACUACUCAGUUUAUGCCGUAAAUAUGGAACUCCAAAUUAUGUUACAGCAAAUACGACUACAAGAAAUCCAACCGGGCUGAAUUAUCCAGAUAAGUCAGUAAAUCAGUCCAACCAGUCCAGCAGCAAACCAUCUAAUGAAAACAAAGUAUACAGUCAAGUGUUCGCUGUCAAAGAAAUUCCACUUAAUGCAGACUUGUCUACAAAGACAACCAGUUCUUCAGUGAGAUCAAUAAAGGGUACAAAGCACCAGACAACGAAUUCCGAUGAUAUACGCACAUGUUUGACAGGAUUAAAUGAAUCUAUUGACUGGUUCAUUCAUGAAUCUUAUCUGGUACCUAUAAAUGUAGUUGAGUGUAUUGAAAGUGGAACGACAGUGGAUUACUAUAUGGAUCAUCGCUUCUGGUGCAUAUUAUCACACAGUAGUUCAUCUGUGGACGAUGAUGGAUCAAAUGAGAAUAUAAUUGAAGUUAACGCUAAUUUUGUGCAAAUAAAGCUUCGGGAACUAGAUAAUAUUGAAUCAAAAUCACUGGAAUGGAAGAACUGUAUGAAUGUGUUUUGUGAUAAGGCUAAAUCACUACUCAAAACAGGUUAUGACAGUAGCAGCAGUAGUGGUAGUAGUAGUAGUAAUACAAGAGCAGAAUUAUUGUUAAACCAAAGUGUAGAUUUGAAUAGAUUAGAAGACACUUGUUCUAAAGCACAGAAUGUUUUAAGCUUAGCCUUUAUGUCGCUACGCAGAUACAGAGAAAUUCUGCAUACCUUUAAGACAAAUCUAGCCAAAUUUGAAGGAUGUCUACGACAAAUUGAACUGAUCAAAAACUCUGUUGACGAUCCAGAUCAAACUGUUCAAGAUUUAAGCGUAGGCGAAUGGUUGAAAAGUCUGUGCCAACAAAUUAUUCCGCACAAAUCGAAACGUGAUGGACUUGCAACAAAUGAAUAUAUCAAAGAAUUAGACCCGCAGUAUGGUAAACUGGGCAUACAAUUAGUAUUACUGGGAAAUCUUUGGAAGAAUGCUCAGAGUCACUUGUAUGAUUUAAACCAACUUAAUCAUGGUUCACUGAGAUUCGUAUACUCGGCUUCAAUUCACAAUUAUGUUCAAGAGAUAUUGAAUGAAUGGGAUAAUUUGAGUAGUUCAUUACAACUGUCAUCAGAAUCACAGUCUACAGUAAAUGCUUUAGAAAAUUAUCAUCUAAAGACUGAAAUUUCAACAAACACUGGAUCUGUACUUGGGAAUCCAAUGAACAGCUUUUAUGAAACUGUAGAUCCAUCUGAAAUAAGCACAGUUCGACUGAAUGAAACCUGUAAAACUACAUCAGCAGUCACCGUUAAUUCAGCCUCUACUGCACCAUCAAUGUCAGUUGUAAUAUCGCAUGAAUCCGUAUCACCCACUUUGAAUCGAAUGCGUAAUGAGGUACAACAGUUAGCUCGUUGGUUGACUACAAUCGGAAAUGUACUUGAAACUAGUCAAGCUAAACUCGGCGAUCGAUUUGACCAAGAAACUGAAAGUCAACAAUUACAGCAAAUAAAACAAGCUGUGACUGAUGGAAUCUUAUCAGAUAAACUGGUCAUCUAUCAUCCAGCCACUAUACAACUUAAAAUAAAACAAUUUCUUACGGAACUUGAAGCGCGUAAACCGCAAAUAGAACGAAUGCAUUAUGAAAAAGAACGCCUUUUAUCUUGGACAACUAAAGAUCCUUCAGUUGAUGAGUUGGCUACACAAAUUGAUCAAUUACAAAAUCAAUGGAAUACAAUUGAAAAACAAAUGAUUAAAAGAUCAGAACAAUUAGAUCAAAUGUUAACCGGUACACAGGCGUUGAAGGAAUUGGAACGUGAAGUAGAACGGGAAAUUAGUAAGGCAGAAGCAGAUUUGCAAAGUAUUGAUGCCUCAAAAUACCAAGAAAGUGAACAAAGUUUAUCAGCCUCCAGAGUUCUUGUGAUGAGUCCAGAAACCUGUCGUAAACACUUACAAGAGUUAGUCGAUAGUUUACCCCAGAGAAGUGCUAAAAUUAGCAAUUAUCAAAAUGAAUGUGAAGCUUUGAUGAAACAAUUUCGCUCUGAAGACACUAGUCGAAUACGUGCAGAUAUGGAAAAGUCUAUUAAACGCUGGAAUGAGUUGGAAAAAAUGAUAAAAGAGACAAAACUUCAAUAUCUUGAAGAAAAACCAAAUCCAGUAUAUGAUCAUUUCAAAGAACAGCAAAGUAAACUGAAGGAUCGUAGAACGUCGAGUUCAGAUGGUAUAAGAAAGCCUACAUUGAAUGAACAAUUAGAGGUUAUUGAAAAUAAAUUCAAUCAAAUCUCUAAACUUGAAGCUGAACUAAAUCGUAAUGGUUCACAAAUGGAUAUUCAGUUGUUGAAUGAGAAAAAAGCUCAUCUUGUUGCUGAAUCACAGACAUUACAGACGGAAAUAAACAUGAUUGCAACACAGAUUGCCAGCACCGCCAAAUCAUCAGCUCAAGCUUUGAAUGUUUUACCCAAUCAAGAGUUCUUCCGACGUCUGCGUCAAUUAAGAGAUAAAAUUGCCAACCUACGACGUACAAUGCACUCCAGUUCAAGUAAUGCAAGCUUAUAUUUAGCCAGAUUAAAGGAACUAAACGAUUGGCUAUCGCAUAGAGAUGCUGCAUUUCGUGAAAUUCUUGUACCAAUUCAGGGUGAUUUAGGUAAUGUGAUCAGUUUGAGAGAACAAUUAUUGGGAUUGUUUCAAGAAUUGAAUGUGAAUCGUUUACAAAUUGAAGAAGUCCUGUGCCAUGGAAAUGCACAGUAUAGCAGUGGUGGUAGUGCAGAACGAGACGAAUUGCCUAACUUGCAAUCAGGUGAACGUGAUUAUGAUGGAGAGUCUGAAGCGUCUGAUUCAGGUGGUCAAAGUAAACCAACCAGUGGUAGUGAACAAUGCACUGCAGAAGAUCGUGCUAUGCGUACAAAUCGUCGGAUAAGGCGACACUUGUAUCACUUGAAGAAAAGAUGGUUGAAUUUGAAUAAUAGCAUGUUAGACUUUAAAUGUCAACUUGAUGCUAUCUGGGAGCGUCUGUCCAAUUUCGGUUCAUUAUUAAAUGAUGCUAUUGCUCAAGUAAAAAGUGCUGAAUCAGUAACCCUUAAAUGGAUCCCUAUUGAACGUUUGGCAAGUGAACAUAUAAAAACGGAAUUAGAUCAAACUAAGUCUUUCUAUGAAGCUUGUGAGCCAUUAGCGCAUUCACUGGAUAGCCUUGAACGACAAGUCCUUCAGUUGCAAGAAAUACAAGUCCAGAUUGAGCCCAAACUACGUGUACAACUCAACUGCAUCAGAAAUGAGUUUGAAAGGAUUCGUGUUGUCACACAGACUAGGAUUCAUCAUCUGAAUCAAAGUUUAUCCGCUCUACAAAUGAUGCCUCAGAGACCUAGAUACCAAACUGUUACUCGUACUCCCUCACAACGUACUCAAGCAUCACGUUAUGACCCGGUAGAACCACUUGAACCGUCUAUACCAGAAGCUUCAGUGCAUACCAGGAGUGUUCCUUUACACGAUUCUGUUCGUCUACCCUGGGAAAGAUGCGUUCACCCAUCUGGUACACAGGUUCCAUAUUACAAAAAUCAUGAAACUCAGGAAACUCAAUGGGAUCAUCCAAUACUAUGUGAUCUAAUGAAGUCAAUAAAACAAUUUAAUACUGUUCGAUUUUCCGACUACCGGACUAGUCUGAAACUACGUCGAUUACAAAAAGAGUUAUGCUUUGACUCAAUUAGUAUAUCGAUCGUUGCUGAGAAUCUAAAACAUAUUGGUCAUUCACAGUCGAUAAGUAAUCCAAUGCUUGGCCAACAAACAAGUGAUCCAUUUGACCGAAUGAUAAGUGUGCCACAGAUUAUUGAUUAUUUACUGCAAUUAUUUAAUCAUACACGAGCUUUGUAUGGAUUGAAUAACAGUGGUCAGUAUUCUUCAAAUGAUGGAGCAGAUGGACAGAAUUAUAGGAAGGAAGCAACUUUAAGACGCAGUGAAGGUGAGGCAAUCGUAAACGAUAGUCAAGAAGCUAAUUCAAAUAUGAAAACUGGUGUAACCGACCGUUAUUCCACAUUACCGGCUUCAGGAUCCUAUGAGGAUGACUUUAAGACAAGCACAAUGCAAUCUCAAAAUCAAUCGAAAAACUGUAUGGGCAGCUUUUUGCGUUCCUCUUCAACAACACGGGCGCGUAAGUUAUCCUCGUCAGAUGAACAUGAGAACAGUAGAAAAAUGACUAAAACACCUGUACGUGAUCCAGGUUGUCAUACAAUAGAGAAUGAAAAUGCACUCAGUGAAGAUAAUCGAAGUUCUAGUCUUCCAAUUUGUACUAUCAUGCAAGUCAAUCCAAAAGGCAAUAGUAAUAUUAUUAAUGGUACUGGUGAAAAGGAAAUGAACAUCACUAACCGUGGUCGAAAAAACACAAUGAGGCGUAGGAAACAUUACUUAAUUGGUUCAAUUAAACGUCCAGUGAAUGUAUGCGUCGACCUUAUACUAAAUUGGCUAUUGAAUGUUUAUGAUCGUAUGCGGCGUGGUACAAUUCGUGUUCUUUCAUUUAAGGUGGCACUGGCCUUGAUGUCAAUGGCAAAUUUAGAUGAAAAAUAUCGUUAUCUUUUCAGUUUGAUAUCUGAUCGUGACGGUUGUGUAGACGAACAACGAUUGGGUGCUUUACUUUACGAGUGUGUACUUAUUCCACGUAAUCUUGGUGAAACUGGACAUUUAGGCAAAGAAGAUUUCAAUCAAUGCGUAAAAUCCUGUUUUCAACAAGUCCUUGAAAUUUCUAAACACGCAGACAAAAUGGAUGGAACACUAAUGUAUCAUUCUAAACCAUCAGCAAGGAUUGCGCAUUUCUUGACCUGGCUUCGUUUAAAUCCUCAAACGUUAACGUGGCUGCCGUUGCUUCAUCGUCUUGCACUAUCUGAACAAGUCAUCCAUCAUAUUCGAUGUAGUGUAUGCCAUAAUCAGCCUUUGGUUGGAUUAAGGUACCGUUGUCUUAGAUGCCUAAAUUUCGAUAUGUGUCAGCAAUGCUUUUUCGCUGGAAGAACAGCUAGGAACCAUAAGCUCACUCAUCCGAUGCAAGAGUACUGUAGUCAUUCUACUUCAACAGACUCAUUUCGUGAUUUUACAAGGAUUGUGAGAAAUCGUUUUCGAUCCAGAGAUCGGUUGAAUGAAGAGGCAGAAUGUCGCAAAUUAAAUUCAAAUGGUCAAAAAGUUCGUCGGUCUAGCACAAGUCGGACACGAUGUAAACGUCACAGUCUGAGUAGUUUCGAUGAAGACAAGCCUCGUCCAGCACCAAUGUACAGUCAAGGCCCAUUCUCUGACUUUGCAGAAUAUCAAAAUUUAGAUACUCCAACCAGUGCCGAAAAGCAAUACGCCUAUCAUAGUCCUGAAUCAAACACACAGUCAUUUGAAAAUCAUUACACGAAAGAGACAGCUGAUAAUAAUACUAAUAAUAAUGAUAACAGUCAAGGCCAACACUUUUCGCAGACGUGUAGACCACUAUCUAACUUAGCUAUGCCAUCAACUCAGUAUUCAAUGCCACCACGAGCAGCCUCCGAUACUCAGUCUACAAUGGCUAGACAGAACAACAUAAAUGCGAAUUUGUUUACUACAACCCCUUCACCACAACCACCAAAUUUAGGCUCAAGAUUAAAAAAUGAAGCAAAUUAUCACUAUGGUCCUACUGCUGAACGCACAAAUCAAUAUCAGGGUGAUAAUGAGGAGGAACAUAAGUUAAUUGCACGUUACAGUCAAGAAUUAAGGCAACACAGUGAACCUGAAUUGCCUCAUGAUCAACAUGCAUCCGUGCUUCAAUCAAUGUCUUGCUCUACGGGGCCGAUGCUGAUGGAAAGAUCUACAAUAUCAGAUGGUGUAUCAAGUAAUGUUCCUGGAAUGGAACCAGAGCCUAUACAACCAUUUAUUAGUGGACACCUAAGUUUAGAUCGAAGACAGGCCGAUCGUGGAAUAGGCCUCCCUCAAAUAGGAACAGGCAAUCCUGCACUACGUGGUUCCUUUUCUGGAUGGACAGCGCGAGCUUUGAAUAAUGCUUCACGUAUGGAUAAUCAGUACGGUCCAACUAGUUAUUUACAUCAAGGACCUUACCAAACUUCUCUAUAUCCAGAUGGUAAUACAGAUGUUUAUAAUACACGUCAUAUUCAGCGUACAUUCUCACUGAGAGCAAGAUCACAACCUCCACCUGAAAUUCAAGAAGCUAUGUGGAGACCUGUAGGAAGCACAAAUAUGCUUUAUAGAUCACCAGCCUACCAAACAAACUACGCGAUUCAACAUCAGCAACAACCUUAUGGACAAAUACAACAGACUGUUCGAUCACUGGAAGAUGAACAUCGAGCUUUGCAGUAUGAAUAUGAUCGUCUCAGACAGAAGUCUAUAACGCCUACUAAUAUAUCAGCUUCGUAUGGUACAAUGAAUCGAAUACAAUAUGCCCAGCAGCGUGCUAGUACCAGUGCCAGAAUACCAAAUCCAAAUCUGCUACUCUAUCCUCAACCUUACCAACCAACAGAAACAGGACGUGUAAAUAGCAGUAUACACAGAACUAUAACCCCAACUAAUUCACCAUGUAGAACACUAUCCAUGAGUAGUGGUCACUUUUCAUCUGGUCAAUUGUAUUCAGGCAUCGUUCCUUCAUCAACCCAAAAUGUACCUGGUGCGAAUUUCGGACGAGUAAAUAGUUCCUUUAACGAUCUCGGCUACACUGUCGACCAAUACGGUUCUGAAAUGCGUGGUGCGUCGCAUAAAUAUUCAGGACAUAUGAAUGAAGCAGUAAUGGUUGGCGGCGUAGCCAAUGAAGCACAUCAGGAAUCCCGAUUAUUGUGGGAACAUAAAGGUCGUUUAGAAGCGAGGAUGGUUAUGCUUGAAGAACACAACCGACAACUGGAACAACAGUUGCAACGCCUGCGUCAGUUUCUUGUAAGUGGCAGUUCUGCGUCUGACGCUAUUCCGCUGUCCAACACACAUCCGAUAGGUGAAUAUGUGGUUGGAAGGGCAGGUAAUGAAAACCAAAUGAGCUUGCGACAGCGUUCUUCAUCCGGUGGUAUCAAUAAAAGUGAUCCCAGAAGUUGUUCAGGAAGUGUAGGUCAAUUAGCUGAAACACCUGUUGAGCAUAAUCAGCCUUAUUCUUCUGCCAGACAGAGUACACAAAGAUCAUUCUCAGAAAGGUCUUCAGGUAAUCCGCUUCAAACUGUCUCACAUCCAAUGGUUGAUGAUAUACUUACAGAUACUCAACAACCGAAACCACGUAACAGAGAUAACUUUCUACAACGAAAACCCUCUGAUGUAGAGCAGUAG